AUGCCGUCAUACGCCAUAACAGGUGCAGCCCGGGGAUUGGUGUACUUUGAAUUUGUCAAUCAACUCUCCACUGAUUCUGGGAACACCGUUUUCGCGCUUGUACGCAAUGAGGCCACUGCGAACAAGCUUAAGGAGCUGGGAAGGCAUAAUGUUCACAUUAUCGAGGCCGAUAUCACUGAUAACAAGGCUUUGAAGUACGCUGCUGCAGAGGUUUCUCGACUAGGAGGCAACUCGCUUGACUACUUGAUCAAUAAUGCUGGUUCCUCAGAAGAGUUGCUCACUAAGGAUCUCCUGGAUUCGAACGGGAAAGCAAAGAAAGUGGUCACUGUCACUAGUGGAUUGGGAGACCUUGAUAUGACGAUAGCCGCUGAAUUGGUCACGUCCUGGACCAUACCUCCAUCUCGAAAGCCGCGGGCUCCUACUGAAAAGGAACUGGAGCAGUUCAAGGCGAUGGUUGAGAAAUUCAGAAAGGUUUACCCCGAUUUCACGGGGCCAAUUACCCCAGAGGCAUCUGUCCGAAUGCAGCUCGAGGUCAUCAAUCGGAUCACCGUCAAUGACACUGGCGCGUUCAUCUCACAUAAAGGAAACAAGGAAUGGUUGUAG